UCUCUUCUUCUCUGGGCGCCUAGGAGCGAACUCGCCUUCCCUCCCUCCCGGCCUCCCUUUCCUCCACCCAAACCCUGCCCUUAGCAGGAAGUGGGAGGCCAGGAGGGAUCCGGUUUCCUCGGUUGCUCCCUUGGUGCGAUCAUGGCGUGGCUGGGGACCCACGGAGACCCUUUGGGAGACCCCCACGCCGCCCCGAAAGGGAGCUCUGUGGUGGAAGGGGCCAGAGAGGCGCUGCUGUCCUGGGGCUGGUACUACGCCAACCAGAAAUUGCUCCUAGGCAUCUUGUUGGCAGUCACAGGAAAUGUUGUGAUCAGCAUCUCUUUGAAUCUGCAGAAAUAUUCUCAUCUUCGAUUGAAGUGCCAAGCCACUCCAAAGCCAUUUUACAGAAGCAAACUAUGGUGGUCUGGAAUGGUACUGAUGGGGAUUGGAGAAACAGGGAACUUUGCAGCCUAUGGAUUUGCUCCAGUCAUGGUUAUUGCUCCACUAGGAAGCACGGCUGUCCUAGGUAGUGCUGUUAUAUCUGUCUUAUAUUUAAAGGAGCACAUUAAGUCUGAAGGCAUAUUAGGUGGCACUGUGACGAUUGCAGGGGCUUUUUUGUUGGUGGCAUUUGCUCCGCUUGUCACACAGGAACCCGAUGCAAUAAAGAUACAGACUGAUCUGGUUAGCUGGGAGUUUUUGAUUUAUGCGAUCAUAGGAAUAAUAGCCUUCUGCAUUCUUCUGUAUUUCUAUAAGAGAAGAGAAAUCAAGCACAUUGUGAUUUUGUUAACAAUGGUGGCACUGCUAGCAUCUAUGACCAUCAUUUCAGUGAAAGCUGUGGCAGCCAUGAUAACACUUUCUGUGGAGGGGAACAUGCAGUUGACUUACCUCAUUUUUUAUCUCAUGUUCAUUCUCAUGGUAGUAACUUGUGUGUUCCAAAUGAAGUUCUUGAACCAAGCAAUGAAGCUCUAUGAUGCUGGAGAAGUCAUCCUAAUCAAUUAUAUGUUCUUCACUAUUAGCGCUAUCUUGGCAGGGGGCAUAUUUUAUCAGGAAUUUGCAGACACAGGCUUGCUGAAUGGUUUCAUGUUUUUCUUUGGGUGUCUUUUGUCAUUUGUCGGCGUAUUUAUACUCACCAGGAAUCGAGACAAGGAAUGUUUGACAAGCUUGUAUAUUGACCAUGGACACAUUCCUGGGAAGAAGAUGGAGCAGAAAAUACAACCAGAGUCAAAUGGCUUAUCCUACGGCUCUUUAUUCAAUGAAAGUAACCCUGUGAAGACUCAAAGCUAAGAGAAAAGAGCAUCUUAAAUUCCAGUUAACAAGAAAAACCUUCCAUUUAUUUGCUUUGUAUUCAACACCACCCUUUUAUCACACAUGUUCAUUAUGUGUCAAGCUAUUUUAUUCUGACAGCUCUUAUGGCAAUGUAAUCCUCUUUGGGGAUCCCCUGACUAUCACAAAUAUGUUGCAACCUAAGCCAGCGAUUGUACUUUGGGGAGGGGGAGCAAGCCGUCAUUAAACACACUCGGGUGUUUCCCUUGUGCAAUGGAC